AUGGAUCUAGCGACAGGCGCAGCAGCAGCUGUGGCAGGCGUUGGUGCCGCAGCAGCUUACCUCGACGCCAAGUACCACAUCUCUACUGAUCUCCCCGUCAUUCGCGAGCAGAAACAGUUGGCCAAGGAAACGCAGCAACGAGCCAAGCAGAACAAACUCUCCCUCUGGUAUAAGUUCGAAGAGCAGGCAUUGAAGCUGCAAGACACACAAUGCAUAUGGUAUCGCACACAACCCGACGAACCCGUCACGACAUACACGUGGACAGAAGCAUACCAACUCAGUCACCAAUUCGGACGAUUCCUCCUCGACAAUGGUGUUCGACCGGGCGAGCUCGUGGGGACCUAUCUACAGAACUCACCUGAGUUCAUGUUCAACUUGCUGGGCUGCUGGGAGGUUGGGUGUGCUCCAGCAUUGAUCAACUACAAUCUUGCAGGAGAGGGCUUGGUGCAUUGUCUGAAAGUCGCAGACAGCAAAGUACUCUUGGUAGAUGAAGACGCCGGGUGCCAGGAACGAGUGGCAGAGUCGAAAGAGAAGAUUGAGGCUUUGGGCAUGCGCAUUAUCCUGCUUGAUGCUGCGGCCAAGGCGAAGAUCAGGACAUACUCGACAGAGCGAUUGGACAAUACCUACAGGAAUGGGGUGGUUGGACGGUUCCCCAUCUUCUUGUUCUAUACGUCAGGCACGACGGGAUUCCCCAAGGCGUGUGGUUUCGAGACACAGCGAGCAAUGGUCUUGGGUCCACCUCGGUUGCGAACCACUGGUCUAAAGCCAGGCGACGUCUGGUACGACUGCAUGCCUCUCUAUCACGGCACUGGGGGCACAACUGCGUUAGGAUGCAUGAUCACGGGCGUCACUCUUGCCAUUGGUCGCAAGUUCAGCGUCCGUAACUUCUGGAGAGACAUCCAUGACUCCAACGCCAACGCCUUCGUCUACGUCGGCGAGACAGCCCGCUACCUCCUCGCCGCCCCUCCAUCACCCCUCGACAGAGACCACAAACUCAAAACAAUGUACGGCAAUGGCAUGCGGCCAGACGUGUGGGUCAAGUUCCAAGAACGCUUCAAUAUCCCCUGCGUCAACGAAUUCUUCAACUCCACCGAAGGCAUGCUCUCCCUCCUCAACGUCUGCCGUGGCCCCUUCCACGUCGCUCACGUCGGUCACCACGGCGCCCUCCGCCGCUGGCAAACCCGCAACCACCUGAUCCCAGUAGAAAUCGACUACGAAAACGGCGACGCCAUCUGGCGAGACCCGCAAACCGGCUUCGCCAAACGAAAGCCCUACGAAGAAGGCGGCGAGAUCCUCGUCGCGUGCAAAACAGAAAAGGACUUCGUCGGAUACUGGAAGAACCCCUCCGCGACGGAAAAACGCUUCGAGCGAAACGUCUUCAAGAAAGGCGAUGUCUACUACCGCACGGGCGACGCCCUGCGCCGCGACGCCGACGGGCGCUGGUUCUUCCUCGACCGUCUCGGGGACACAUUCCGCUGGAAGAGCGAGAACGUGUCCACGGCCCAAGUCGCCGAAGUCCUAGGCCAAUACCCCGACAUCGUCGAAGCGAACGUCUACGGCGUCGAAGUGCCCGGGCACGACGGGCGAGCAGGCUGCGCGGCCCUCUACAUCGAACCGCACAAACGCGGGACGUUCGAUUACGCCGACUUUCUGCGCCAUGCGCGGAAGGGACUGCCCAAGUAUGCGUUGCCGAUCUUUCUGAGGGUGAUUAAGAGUCCGACGCCGAUGCAUAAUAAUAAGCAGAAUAAAGUGCCGCUGAGGAAGGAAGGGGUUGAUUUGGGGAAGAUUCAAGAGGGGAGUGCGGGGCCCGAGGAUGUGGUGCUUUGGGUGAGGCCUGGUGGGGAGACUUAUGUGCCUUUUACUGAAAGCGACUGGAAGGGGAUUGUUGGGGGAAAGGUGAGGUUGUGA